CACAUGGUCGACGCCACUGAGAACUUACAACAAUGUACAUAUAUAUGUAAGUAGACAAGUGAACACCAGCAUGUCAGCAGAAGAAGAAAACUUCCCUAGGGGAGGAGUCAGGAAAAAACCAACAGACACUGCUAAAUUUAAAUCCAGAAAAAAUGCAGAUCGAGAUCUGUUCAAGGUUCACAGUGACACACGAGUGCCCAAGAAGAGAAAGAGUUCCCAGAAAGCUGAGGAGAAACAGAAUCCUAAGAAGCAGAAACUGGGGACAGAGGCUUCCUUCACACCCAACUCAGGACAGAUAGAACUACUUACCCACAAGAUGAUCUGCUCUGGGAUGUUGACUUUGGCAGUGGUCAAGGAGGUCCGUGAUUACGAGCUGGUGGUCAGUCUGCCAAAUAACCUGACCGGUACAGUGGCCAUUACUGCCAUCAGCGAUACAUACACUGAACUGUUACAGAAGGUCGCCGACCAGUCACUGGACACAGAUGAGGAUGUUCACAGCCUGGAUGAUUUAUUUCAAGUGGGUCAGAUAGUUCGGUGUAAAGUGAUGGAUGUGAAGCAAAUCAGUAAAGGGAAUACAUCCAUCAAACUGUCGAUCAAACCAUCGGAUGUGAAUGUUAACGUGACCGCCAGCUCACUGAAGACAGGACAGGUAUUAUGCGGAACAGUGGUCAGCCAAGAAGAUCACGGCUAUGUCAUAGAUCUGGGGGUAAAAGGAGUCAAGACUUUUCUGAGCAACGAUGAUGCUGAGAAGUUUAUCCAGGUCUGCAAUGAUGGGUUUUCCUUGAAGCUGGCUCAGUAUCUCCACUGUUAUGUCCAAACAACUGACCACAUUGGAAUGUUAGCAGGGGAGAGUAGGAGUGUCCAUGUUACCAUUGACCCCUCAAAGGUCAUGACCUCAAAGGUUACACCUAACAUGAAGCUAAGCUUUUUUUUUCUGGUACCGGGAAUGGUGGUUACUGCGCAGAUAGAGAAGGUAACACAGAAUGGCCUGGUGGUAGGUUUUCUGUCGUAUAAGGCUGCAAUCCACAGCACUCAUCUGCCAAAGAAACCAAAGGAGUAUGAGGUACAACAAAAGAUCCAAGCCUGUGUAUUGUUUAUCCACCCCACAACAAAGCUGGUCUCCCUCAGUUACCUACCUCAUCUGUUGAACAACCCCUCCAAGCCCUGCUCACUCUUCACUGGGGUUCAGUAUGGUGACUUCGUAGAGAGGGCUAAAAUCACCUGGGUGGAGAGCUCAAGAGGGCUGGGCUUUCAACUAACAGAAACUUUGAAAGGCUUCUGCAUGUUGAGGAAUGUGAGUGAUAAAAAGGUGAUCAGUUUGAAAAAUCAGUUCUCCCCAGGUGACACCCACAGGUGUCGUGUGAUCGGUUUCAACUAUUUAGAGGCUGUUGUUCUUGUGUCUUUAAGAGAGAGUCAUCUUACACGACAGUUUAUGAAGUUGACGGACAUCCAGCUUGGCUCAGUUGUUGAGUGUCAGGUGAGAGCUAUCCAUGACAGUGGCAUGUCUGUGAAAUUGGACAAAUGGACAAAGGGGUUUAUCUCCAGUCUUCAUUUGGCUGAUGUUCCCCUGAAACAUCCGGAAAAGAAAUUCAAGGAAGGGGACAAGUUAAAAUGUAGGGUAUUACAGAUAGACCUGGCCAAAGCUAAACUCUUCCUGACCAACAAACGAUCUCUGGUGAACUCCAAGCUGCCAGUCAUAAGCAGUUACGACCAGAUGGAGCCCGGCAUGGAGGCAGAGGGCUUCAUAGCCAACAUUAAGGACAGGGGUGUGCUGGUGGUAUUCUACAACAAGAUCAAGGGCUGGGUUCAUAAAGACGAGCUGAGUACUGAGCGAGUACCUGACCCAGGGAAGGUGUUCUACCUUGGGCAAGUGGUUAGAUGUAGAGUUCUUAGUGUUCAGCCCUCGCAGCAGAGAGCACAGCUCUCAUUUAAGCUUGGAGGUGCAGGACUGGUAAGCAAGCAACAAAAGUCAACCCCAGCACCGGAAGACUUCAAAAUAGGCAAGAUUGUAGACUGUAAGGUAGUGAGGAAGAAGGACUCUGGAUUAGAUGUGACUGUUCUUUCCUCUGACACCCCUGCUUACCUGCCCAAACCUCACCUGUCCGACUCACGGGAGAACUGUCAGCAGCUGAUGAAACUGUACCAAGUGGGAGACGUGAUCAAAGAGGUCAUGUACCUGACUCAUACUUCACACACCCUGGUCACUCACAAGUUCUCCCACAUCCAAGCCUCUCGUGACGGAAGCUUAGUCUCACAAUUUUCAGAAAUACAGCCUGGUCUACUUCUACCAGGAACAAUCAAGAACAUCAUGGAGUAUGGGGUGUUUGUAGAGUUCCCAGGAGGCAUGUUUGGCCUUGCUCCUAAUAAGUUUAUCUGUGAUAGGAGACUUUCAGACAUCUCUGCCGAGUUUCCAGUCGGUACGUCUGUCAGUGCUAAAGUGGUUGAAGUAGAUCAAGAGAAAUCACGCUUUCUCGUCAGCUUAAGGCUUGCGGAUUGUUACCAUGGUAACAAUGAAAACAUGCUGGAGGUAAUGAGCACUGUAUUGAUGGAGAGAGAGGAAAUCAGAGCAGGACUACAAAAGAAGAGAAAAGAUAGAGCAUUGAAACAACUGUCCAGUUUGGCCGAUUUGACCGUUGGCAAGUUAGUUCCUGUGACGAUAACUAAUCAGAACCGGUCAGUUGUGUCAUGUGAUCUGGGAAACGAGAUACGAGGAAUGUGCAACAAAGAUCUUAUUGAAGGUCAGACACUUGAGAAUGGCCGUCAGCAUGAAGCCGUUGUCCUUUGUGUCAACCUGGCAGAGCUAAGUGUAGAUCUGUCUCUAAAUGAGGAGCACAUACGAGCAGCCAAGCACAGGAAAGAAAACCGUUUCACCAAGGUGAAGGAAGGGCAAAUCAUUAAAGGGGAGAUAAUUCUUGUCAAGCCAGACUUUGCUGUUGUGGGACUUCGUGGGCAUGCCUUAGGAGGAUAUGCCUAUCUCCCAGUCAGGAAGCACCUUAAUGAUGUCUUAGAGAAGGUGAAAUUCUCAGUAGGCGAGGUCAAAUCAGUAUUUAUCAAAAGUGUUGAGAAUGGAUUAGUGAUUGGGAACUGGUUGGAGUAUGUGGAGUCAGGGGAGACAACUGGGGAAGGCCACGUGUAUGACAUCAGAAAGCCUGGGCUGCAACUGGGAACCAUAGCAAAGGCUUUAGUAAAAGCCGUCCAUGAUCUGCAGAUGAAUGUCAUUGUAAGGAACAGUCCAGGUAGAGUCCACAUCACCCAGGUCCCAGACAACACAGUCGUGGGUUCAUUUCCAAUGAAAAAAUACAAAGAUUUUGUCGGUCAAAGAAUAUCGGUGAAAGUGGUUGGAUUUAGAGAGGUUAAAACUCACAAAUUUUUACCGUUCUCCCAUGCUAAUGCCAUCAAGUCUAUCCCAGAAUGCAGUCUUCUACCAAGUGUGUUAGAGAAGAAGGGACUAAGACCAGGAGAGGAGAUUAAAGCCAAAAAGUUUAAGGUUGGAGACACAGUGACCGCCUAUGUAGAUCAUUUUUCCGGCCAGUAUCUGUGGUUUGUUGUGACGCACACUGUGAGAGGGAGAGCACAUGUCCUUCACCUCUCCACCGAUGCCAAGGUGGUAGAUGAGCGAACAGAGCGUUAUCAGCCAGGGCAGGUGUGUCAAGCCACAGUGCUUCAGGUGAUGGAUAGAGGAGAACUGGAACUCUCACUCAUAGGCGUGCCUGAGGUGAUCAGAGCUGGCUGUUUGACAUUGGGCUUGGUGAUAGGCCGCACUCACAAUGAGACAGCCUUGAACCUUCACUUGUGGGGUAAUUACAUUGGAAGGGUGUGGCUAACUGAUGUGAUGGACAAGUACAGGGAUAACCCGCUCAAGGGCUUCAGGGAUGGCCAGUGUGUCCGCUGUCGGGUUCUAUCAUGCGACCUUCAAACCUCUGAUUCUGAAGGUCGUCAUCUUUGUUCCUUGUCUCUGCGCCCUUCUAGAUGUCGUGCAGAUGCCAAGAAGAAAGUUGUGGUUGACCCAGAUGUUCAGAAUCUUAGGGACCUGAAGGAGGGGCAGAUUUUGAGGGGGUUUGUCAUCAAACACAGCAGCUCUGGUAUCAUAGUUUGCCUUGGGCAUGGCAUUACUGGCCUGGCGAUCUUUGAGAACAUAUCCGAGUAUUUUAUCAAAGACCCGCAGGUGGCGUAUCCUCCAGGAAAAGUAGUAACAGUCAAAAUACUCAGCAUUAACAGGGAUACCGAGAAAUUACAACUGUCAUUUCUGAAGAGAGACACGGGUGUAGCAGAAGAUGUACCAUCUGAAGUUCUGGGCACUAAACGAGACAAAACCAAGAAGAUGAGCAAAACACCCGAGGAGGAAGUGUCAGACAGUGUUAAGGUCAAGAGGAAAAGCUAUGGUGAAGAGGAAGGGUCUAGAAAGAAACGAUUGAAAACGAGCGAUUCUGAUGAUACAAGCAAAACUCUUCACAAAGUUUCAGGUGUUAAAGAUGAAGGCAAGAGCAGCGAUGAAGACGAUACAGAUGAUGAGUCAGAUAGUGGGGUGGAUUUCGGUGAUGAGCAGGUAGCGACUGUCCAGCCAGACAAACCUCUACCUAGACUUCAGGUAUCAGAGGACUUCAACUGGGAUGUUGACUACUCCACAAUAGCACCUCCUACCAGACAAGAUGAGAUAAGCAGUGAUUCUGAGGAGGAGACAGUUGAACAGAAGUCAUCGAGGAAGAGUAAAAAAGCUGUUUUGAAGGAACAAAAAGUGGAAGAGAAAAGAUUAUUUGAGCUUGAGAAAGAGCAAAAGAGUGGUGCUCAGCAGCCGCAGACAGCUGAUGAUUUUGAUAGGAUGGUACUGGAGUCGCCAGACAGCAGCCUGGUAUGGUUACGUUAUGUGGCGUAUCACCUGGAAAUGACGGAAAUAGAGAAAGCCAGGGCUGUGUUGGAGCGAGCACUUCAGACAAUUAACUUCAGAGAAGAGCAGGAGAAGCUGAACAUCUGGGUGGGUUACCUUAACUUGGAGAACAUGUAUGGGACAGAGGAGAGCCUGAACUCUGUGCUCACCCAAGCCCUACGGCAGAAUGACCAGCUCUCUGUCUACAGUCAGCUUAUCAACAUCUAUGUCAAGUCAGCCAAAAUUGAGGAAGGGGAAAAGUUGUAUCAGACCAUAGUGAAGAAGUUUAGUGGGAACAAGGAGGUGUGGGUGAAGUUUGGCCUGUUCUAUUUCAAACACGACAACACGGAGGCGGGACGCAAACUCUUACAGAGGUGCCUCAAGAGUUUGCCUAAGCAGGAACAUUUGGAGGUCAUCUCCAAGUUUGCCCAGCUGGAAUUUAAGUUUGGUGAAGCGGAGAGAGGGAAGACGAUGUUUGAGAACAUUCUGAGUAAUUACCCCAAGAGGACUGACCUCUGGUCAGUGUAUAUAGACAUGGUCACUAAACUGGAUGAAGUGGACAUGGCUAGACAAUUGUUUGAGAGAGUUAUAAACCUUAAGCUGUCAGUGAAGAAAAUGAAGUUUUUCUUUAAAAAAUACUUGGACUUUGAGAAAUCAUAUGGUACAGAAGAGAGUAUGCUGUCUGUGAAACAGAAAGCCUUGGAGUAUGUGGAGUCGAGAGGAUCUCUGGAUGAACUGGAGAACUGAUGAUGAAGACGCCUUUUCAUCCUCAGACUAUAAUAGACUGAAGCAGAAAGCUUUCGGUUAUGUGCCGUCAAAAGGCUCUCUGGAUGAACUGCAGGGCUGAUGAUGAAGACGACAUCCUCAUACUUUAAUAGACUGAAGCUGAAAGCCUCGGAAGAUGACGUCCAUUAUGUAUGAGGAUGACAUCCAAUAUAUGGAGUCACGAGACUCUCUGGAUGAACUGGAGGACUGAUGAUGAAGACAACAUCCUCAUACUUUAAUAGACUGAAGCUGAAAGCCUCGGAAGAAGACGUCCAAUAUGUAUGAGGAUGACAUCCAAUAUAUGGAGUCACGAGACUCUCUGGAUGAACUGGAGGACUGAUGAUGAGGACGUCAUCCUCAUCCUCAGACUUUAAUAGACUGAAGGAGAUAGCCUUGGAUUAUAUGAAGAUGUGUGCGAUGAGUCUACGUCAUCAUAUGAUAGAGUAAUAUUCUACUGGUA